AAGCAGCAAGAGGAAGAAGCUAAACAGAAAAUGGAAGUGCAGAAGAUGAUGAUGAGGGAUUCGAGCAACAACAGUAAAGAUGAUGCAGACUAUCUUCCGGGGUAUCGCUUUCAUCCCACUGAUGAAGAACUUGUGGGCUUUUACCUCAAGAGGAAGGUGGAGAACAAACCUAUUCGUCUCGAGCUCAUCAAACUUAUUGACGUCUACAAAUACGAUCCAUGGGAUCUUCCAAAAGCUAGUGGUUUAGUUUGGGAGAAGGAGUGGUACUUCUUUUGCCGAAGGGGAAAGAAAUACAGAAAUAGCAUAAGACCUAAUAGAGUCACAAAAUCUGGGUUUUGGAAAGCCACCGGCAUUGACAAACCUAUAUAUUCAGUUGGAGGAGAAUCCCACACUUGCAUUGGCUUAAAGAAAUCCCUAGUAUACUAUAGAGGAAGUGCCGGAAAGGGUACCAAAACGGAUUGGAUGAUGCAAGAGUUUCGUCUUCCAAAUACUAACGCAAUCACUAAUGCUCAUUCUAGUAUCAAGGACAUCACUGAAGAAGCUGAAGUUUGGACCCUUUGCAGGAUCUUAAAACGUAAUAAUUCUUCUAGAAAGUAUGAAACAAAUUGGCAAAAGACAACUUCCAAGCUGCUCAGUGCAGCUGACUCAAGUUCCAAAACAUGCAGUACUGACUCAGAUGGAAGUCUUGGACGUGCUUCGGCUGCCCAGAAGAAUGAUCAACUUGAAAAGAGCAGUACUCCUCGUUUUAACAAUAAUCAUCUGUGCAACGGAAACAAUCAACUCUCAGCAAGCCAGAAGCUGGCUUUAAAAGAUGAAGUAAUUGAUCCAACGAUGAACUCAUACAUAAACUUUUGGAAUCCAAAUGACUAUGAGAUGCUAAGAUCAGAUAAUCCCAACUGGGAUGAGCUGAGUCCAAUGAUCGAUUGCGUUCUAAAUCCCUCCCCACUAUAUCGAUCCGUUUAGAAAUCAGACAGAUGGGAAUUAUGUUCUCUAACUAUUGGAGCAUUGUGCAGUGCAUUGAGUUAUUUAUGAGCUUCAAGGUUAUUGAGGCAAUGUUGCAGUGAGGCAGGGGAUGCAAGCAUAGCUGCAGACCCUCUUCAUAAUGGUUGUGGUUAUUGGAAUAAUUGAUGUAGCAGACAGUGAUGUAGGGCUGCAGUGAUGCAGGGCAAGGACUGCAGGGUCGUGCAGGCAGUGAUGCAUGGCUGCAGGAAAGGGCUGCAGGGUCUGCAGCUGUGUGGUCGUUUGGUUCUAUAAGUGUCGUUUCCAGUUAAGUGAAGAAUGAUCGUUUCCACAUGUUCAUGUUGUUGGAGCUCUUCAAGCUGCAUUUAAUGCUGGAUCAUGGCUGAAGAUUUGCGCAAAUCUUGAAUCACUGUCUCUCCAUCCUUUCUUUUCUCCUUAAUUUAGGGAACAAGCUAAUGUAAAUUGUCUUUGCUUUUUACUGUUUGGUAGUUUGUUAGCUUUAUUUUUGCUUGUUAUAUUAGUCUUCUAUUGUUCCUUGUAAAACUCAACUGAAUGAAAUACAUUUGGAAA